AUACAGCAAUUACUUUCUCCUCUCUCUCUCUCUCUCUCUCCUCUCUCCCUCUCUCUCUAGCUUUCAACGGGCGAGGUUUUUUCUCUCUCUCUCGAAUCUCUCUCUUGAAAUUGAGCUUCGUAUUCGAUGGCCGUUACUUCUAUGCGAACAGAGGAGGAGAUGGGUGAGGUGAAACAGAUAGAAGAGCCUUGUCUAGAGAACAAGCAAUCGGCGGCUGCCUCGAGCUCAUCUGAUACCGAAGGGAGUGGAAGUGUUACUCUCAAGUCACCAGGGAUGUGCAGCCCAACUACUUCAUCGCCGUCUCAUCGGAGGACUACAGGCCCCAUCAGAAGAGCAAAGGGGGGUUGGACUUUAGAGGAGGAUGAUACAUUGAAAAGAGCUGUAAAACUUUACAAGGGAAAAUGUUGGAAGAAAAUAGCUGAAUCCUUUCCUGAUAGAUCAGAGGUGCAAUGUCUACAUCGAUGGCAGAAGGUUCUCAAUCCUGAACUUGUAAAGGGGCCUUGGACACAGGAGGAGGAUGACACAAUCAUUGAACUGGUUUCGAAAUAUGGGCCUACAAAGUGGUCUGUCAUAGCGAAGUCUUUGCCAGGUCGCAUAGGCAAACAAUGCCGUGAGAGGUGGCACAAUCAUCUUAAUCCAGAUAUAAAAAAGGAUGCUUGGACAAUGGAGGAGGAAUUAGGCCUCAUGAAUGCUCAAAGGGUAUAUGGGAACAGAUGGGCUGAAAUAGCCAAGUAUCUACCCGGAAGGACUGAUAAUGCAAUCAAGAACCAUUGGAAUAGUUCCUUAAAGAAGAAGUUGGAUUUCUACUUGGCUACUGGAAAACUUCCUCCGGUUGCAAAAACUGAUAGCCAAAACAGUGUAAAAGACUCGAUUAGAACUGCUUCAACAGGAAAACUGCUUGUAUUUUCAAAUAAAAUAUCGGAGCCAGCUGCCCAGACUUCCUCAGGAACUACAGACAUUAGUAAAACAGAAGACAAUCUCAAAGAUCUAGAGUCCUCAACUCCUGUGCAAGAUACAUUUGCUUCCUUAACUGCUUCUGUAAAUGAAUCUGUUGAUUCCGAUGCCAUAAAAUGCAAUUCACAGCCAUUAGACAUACAUCGUAGGAGUAUUAAUUCAUAUCCAUUGCAAAAGUUUGAGAGCUGUAGAACCAAUGGCAAUUUAGAUCAAGGAAAAGCUAUGGGAACAUCAUUGCAGUUUGAAGUUUCAACAUACAGUUCAUUGUACUAUAGACCACCAGAAGUAGAAAGUUGUGCUGAAUCAGAUUCAGGCCUUUGGAAUAUGUCUCGGAUGCAGCAAGAAUUGAACUCUAGUCCAAUUAGAUCACCCGUGAGCUUCUUCACUCCGCCUUGUGUGAAGAGUGGUGGUUUCUGUAGGCAGAGUCCAGAAUCAAUAUUGAGAAAUGCUGCUAGAACUUUUCCCAAUACUCCUUCCAUAUUAUUACGUAAGAGAAAGACGGGCACUCAAACACCUCAGCCAUCAAAGGACAUUGAGAUGGAUGCUAGGGAAGUAAUUCGGGAUGGGUCCCAGACUUUUGAUGAGCGAGAACAAAUUACAAAUGGUUUGGAGAAUUCUGGCUUUCAUGAUGAGAGAUUGUAUGGGAGUCCUGCUCAAACACCUCCGCCGUUGGACAUAAUUGGGAAGGAUAAUGAGGAAGCAAUCCGGGAUGGGUCCCGUGUUAAUGGUUGGCAAGGAAAAACUACGAAUAGUUUGGAGAGUUCUGGGUUCUGCGAUGAAAGAUCUAACGGGAGUCCUGCUUGUAUUGGUAAUGGCACUACUGGGCUGUAUAAUGGUAAUGCUUUUAAUGCAUCUCCUCCUUACCGGUUAAGAUCCAAACGGAGAUCUCUUCACAAGUCUGUGGAAAAGCAACUCGAGUACACUUGACAUAGUACUAGUAUAAUAUAGCAAUUGGCGUCAGUGGACACAUUCAUGGAAGGAAAUCUUCCUUUGACUGAAGAUUGUCCCUUGUAUCAAAAGAUGGGCUUGACCUGGAACAUAAAUCUGAUAUUUGUUGGGGAUACAUCUGAAGUUUGCGAAGUUUUGCUGAGAAGCAGCUUAUACUCCAAACACAACGGUUGGAAUCCACAAGUCAGGAUGAAAUAUUUACACACGAUGAAGAUAAUACAAUAAUCAGUUAUCCCGCAAUACUUGCCAGCGACAAGCGGGUAGCCAUGCCAUCAUGCACAUAAUUCGGUGACUGCAAAUGUUCGUUCUCUUCUGGGCAUGUCGAGAAUGUCCAGGGAAUAAUGGGGAGUCUGUAUAGAAAAUCCCCUUCAAAGGAGAAGAGGGGCUUGAGAAAUCAUCUUUAUAGGUCUCGAGUAAACAUCUCUAUUAACUUAAUUGCUAUUUUUCCACUUAUUUCUUUUUUUCAAUGCCCAAGUUCAUGAUCAUAAUUGGACUGCUGAUUUUUAUUGCUGAAGUGCCUUGUGUAUUCAUCAAGCGCAGGCAGGACGUUUUGCUUCAUCCUAAUAAGUGAAUAUGAAAUUUAUUGCAUGUUCGGUUUUGUUAAAAA